CUGAGUUGAAAGGGACACACAGGAUCAUCAAAGGAAUGUUUGAACAUUUACAGGGACUCCAGAACUGUGACUUAAGCUGGUCCCCAUGUUCAGCCCCAGCAAAUGUCCAACAGCAGCUCCAUCAGGCACUUCCUCCUGCUGGCAUUGGCAGACACGCGGCAGCUGCAGCUCCUGCACUUCUGCCUCUUGCUGGCCAUCUCCCUGGCUGCCCUCCUGGGCAACGGCCUCAUCAUCAGCGCCGUAGCCUGCGGCCACCACCUGCACACGCCCAUGUUCUUCUUCCUGCUCAACCUGGCCCUCACUGACCUGGGCUCCAUCUGCACCACUGUCCCCAAAGCCAUGCACAAUUCCCUCUGGGACACCAGGAACAUCUCCUACACGGGAUUUGCUGCUCAGCUCUUUUUCUUUAUGUUCUUCAUGUCAGCAGAGUAUUUCCUCCUGACCAUCAUGUGCUACGACCGCUACGUGUCCAUCUGCAAACCCCUGCACUACGGGACCCUCCUGGGCAGCAGAGCUUGUGCCCACAUGGCAGCAGCUGCCUGGGCCAGUGCCUUUCUCAAUGCUCUGCUGCACACAGCCAAUACAUUUUCCCUACCCCUGUGCCAUGGCAAUGCCGUGGGCCAGUUCUUCUGUGAAAUCCCCCAGAUCCUCAAGCUCUCCUGCUCCAAAUCCUGCCUCAGGGAACUUGAGAUCAUUGCAGUUAGUGUCUGUUUGGUAUUUGGCUGUUUUGUGUUUAUUGUUGUUACCUAUGUACAGAUUUUCAGGGCUGUGCUGAGGAUCCCCUCUGAGCAGGGAAGACACAAAGCCUUUUCCACCUGCCUCCCUCACUUGGCUGUGGUUUCCUUGUUUGUCAGCACUUCAGCAUUUGCUUACCUGAAGCCCCCCUCCAUGUCCUCCCCAUCCCUGGAUCUGGCCCUGUCAGUUCUGUACUCGGUGGUGCCUCCAGCCCUGAACCCCCUCAUCUACAGCCUGAGGAACAAGGAGCUCAAGACUGACAUGUGGAGACUGAUGACUGGAUAG